AUGCAGGAUUUCUAUGAUGUUGUUCAGCUGACACUGGACAAUGUUCCACGGAGAGUUGUCAUUAUCUUGAUGGGAGAUUGGAAUGCCAAGGUGGGGAAGAGCAUUACCAACAGUUCGAGUGUGGGCCAACACGGGUUGGGGGAGAGGAAUGAAAGAGGACAGGAUCUGGUUGACUUUUGUAUCACCAUCAACCUAGACAUCGGUAACACUAUCUUCCAGCAUCACCCGAGAAGGUUGUACACUUGGACCAGUCCAGGAGACCGGUUUCGAAACCAGAUUGACUACAUCAUGAUUCAAGGACGAUGGAGGUCGGCACUCAAGAAUGUAAGGACACGACCAGGGGCAGACUGCGGAAGCGAUCAUCAACUGAGGUCACGGCGAAAGCAGACGAAAACAAUACGGUACGACAUCACAAAGAUCCCGGAGGCUUUCAGUGUCGAGAUGCAAAAUAGAUUUCUACUGCUUCUCCAAUCAUACGAUAACGGAGAGUGGAGAUCAGACGCACUUUGGGAGAAAAUGGUCAACAUCACAAAGGAAGUUGCGGAGAGGAAUAUUCCCAAAAGACGGACUAUGAAGAGGCCGUGGCUAUCAGACGACACACUAGACGUCGCAAGAAGAAGGAAGAAAGCAAAAGCAAGUGGAAAUCAGGAAUGGAGAGAACUUGACAAGCAGUACAACAGACAGGCACUAGAGGACAAGAGGAACCAUCUGAAGCAGAUAUGUCUGGAGGCGGAAGAUGCGUCACAGAAAGGUGACAUCAAGUCUGUUUUUCGUUUGGUGAAGGAAUUGAGUAGAAAGAGGAAAUGGACUCCACGUAGUGACGUCAUCAACGAUAAAGAAGGUAGCAUCCUAACAGAGGAAGAGGACAUCAAAGCUAGGUGGAGGGAAAACAGCACCGAUUUGUACAGAAGAAAGGCAAGAAGAUCUCUCCGCUGCACUCGCUGUAGCCGAAGACAGAGAACAGGAACCACUCAAAGAAGAAGUGAGGCAGGCGCUGUACCAUACCAAGAACGGGAAGAGCUCUGGCAAAACAUCAUAAGAGCGGUGAAGAACUACGAUGGUGGUGUGCAGAUUGGCGGAGAAAGGCUGUGCAAUCUGAGAUACGCCGAGGACACAACCCUCAUAAGUAAUAGCAAGGACCAAUUGCUGCAGUUGAUACGCCAAGUGAAAGACAUAAGUGCACAGAGUGACCUAUUCUUGAAUGUAGAGAAGACAAAGAUCUUGGUGGUGGAUAAGUACAGUACAGACCAAGGUGACUUCACCAUAGACGGAGAGAUGAUUCAGGAAGUGGAUGAUUUCGUGUGCUUGGGAUCCACAAUCAGCACCAGUGGAUGA